AGUUGCAGAGACUGAUAGACCAGAAUGGAGCAGCAGACUGAGAAAGAAGCGAUUAGGGAAGCAUCAGCUGAGGUUUCCAAUGAAUUCAAAACCCUAAUUGAUGCCCAGGAUUUGGAUUCCCUCAAACAACUUCAGCACCUCAUAUUGGGGAGGUUGCAAGAUGGCAAUGCAGUCCUGUCACACUUUAAUGAAGUUUCACAGAACUGCUUUGCUGAGGUUUCUGGAGAUUUUGCUAGAAACACACGCCUUUUACGGUCUAUGAAGUCUGAUCUUGAAUACAUAUUCCAGAAGUUAAGGAGCAUGAAGUCAAGAAUUUUGGCUACCUAUCCGGAUGCAUUCCCGGAUGACUCCAAAAAAGAAGUACAUGACCAAAGACCAGACCUUGAGAUGCCUCUUUGACACUGUAAAACAUCCAAGUUUUCUCUUGGAAGCAUUUCCGGAGUACUAGAAAGCAGUCAUGUUCUGUACAUUAGAAAGCAUAUUUCUCUAACAGUCUACUUUUAUUAUGAGUUGUGUACUGUGUGAUUUAUGAUAUUCCCUAUAUGAUUUUUUCAACAUCUGUACGUGAUUUAACCGAAAUGAGAAGUAUUCCCAAUUCUCAAUAGUACUGUAUUGAUCGUCUUUUAU